CCAUUGAAUUUCUAGCACGUGUGGAACAUUCAUUUAAUUGUUAUUUUUAUGCAGUUUAACUUGCUAUUUGGACCAAUAAGAGAAUAGGAAUGCGUGACAACACACCGCCACACCGGCCAGAUUUCGAUGACGGCGACGACGAACUCCAGGAGAUAAUUGAGCUGGAGGAGCAGCCGCUGGACGAAGAUGACGACGAUUUGGAGGAGGUGACGCUGGAGCAACUGGAGGCCCGGCUUGCAAUGGCCGGUGGCGAUGAUGACGAAGAGGAGGACGAGGAGGAGCGACGUGACCGUGAGAGAAUAGCAGCCAUCACGGACGAAGCUAUGGUCACUUUCACGAAGCACACCGCUCCUGUUUUCGCCUGCAGUCUGCAUCCCAACUACAAUUGGGCGGUGACGGGCAGCGAGGACGAUCGAGCCUUCGUAUGGGAAACCUCCACCGGCGAUGUCCUCUACGAGAUCACGGACCACAAGGACACCGUCACGGAAACGCACUUCAGCCACGACGGCGUCUAUCUGGCCACCGGUGAUCUGGCCGGCGAACUCUUUGCCUUCAAGGUCAGCGAAAAGCACGAUGAGCGUCCGAUCCUGACCAAAAUCUGGGAGUACUCCAUGAGCGACAUGUCCUGGCUCUUCUGGCAUCGUGCUGCCCACAUCCUGCUGGCGGGCAGUGACAGCGGAGAGGUCUUUGUUUUCCGCAUACCCAGCGGCGACUGCAAGAUCCUGCCGGGACAAUCUUCGCGUUGCGAGUCCGGUGAGCUCAGUGGGGAUGGCAAGAAGCUGUUCACGGCCUACGUGAACGGAUCUGUGAAGCUGUGGGAUCUUAAGAGCUGUCAGGUGCUCAUUGACGUAAACGAAUCGCAUCCAAUGGGAUUCGGCGAGAUCACGCACGCGGUGGUGGCCUGCGAAAGGGAAUCACCCUUCUACGUCUGCGCUGAGGCGUCCGGAAAAAUGCUGUUCUGCACUAACAACGGUCCGGUGAGCACAAUCCAGUCGGAACACGGAAUCGAGUGUCUGGCCUUUGCUCCCUCCUCGGCGGAUCUAAAGCUCUUUGCCUGUGGCUCGCUGGACGGCAGGAUAUCCAUCUGGGACUAUGCCAAAUCAGCGUUGCGUACCAUAUGCGAAAAUCCAGUUCCCAAUGAUGCUGUCAUAAGGAUCAAGUGGUUGAAUGACCACACGAUACUUGCGGCCACCUCGCAGGGAAAUCUGAACGCAUUCGACGCACGCACAGGAAUUUUGAAAUUUACGCUGACGGGACACUACUAUCACAUCUACGAGUUUGUCUACAAGCCUCAGGAAAAUCUACUGCUGACGGUAUCCGAGGACAACACGGCCAAGAUAUUCAAGGUGCCGGCACUGGGCGAUUAGUUAGGUUUUAAAGUUUUGUACUGUGCUAUAUAUAUGUAAAUAGUAAAUACAUAUUAAAAUUUAUCUCAGUA